AUGGAGGGCUUCUGUCAUAGAAGGGGGACUGAGGCUGUGUAUCCGGAAGGACCACACCAAAUAGCUAAGGAUGCGCUCACACCACUGUGCUUGGGCUUGGGAGGAGGAGCAUCAUGGGCACCCAGAGGUUCUCUGAAGGGCAGCCCUGGGGACCGGGUGAACCUUUCCUGCAAAGAUGUCUUAGAGCCCGCCCGCUGGGCUUGGGCGCCUAGUUUUCCGGCGUGCAAGGGCCUGUCCAAAGGGCGCCGUAAGAUCGUGUGGUUCUCGUCGAGCGGGACCCCAGUGGUGCUUGAGCUCUUCUCUGGCCGCCUGCGUUUCCUGGACACUAGUAUCAAGGAGCUAGAGCUACUGCUGAGGGCCGGCGAUUCUGGCACCUUCUUCUGCAAAGGACACCAAGAGAACGAGAGCCGCACAGUGCUUCAGGUGUUGGGGGACAGGGCAGACUGCAGGGCUCCGGGAUCUACCCACGGUUCCGAGUAUCCCAAGGUCCUGAUUCCUCUGCUGGGCAUUGGGCUGGUGCUGGGACUGGGUGCCUUGGGCUUGGUCUGGUGGCGGCGCAGACUGCAGCACCCGCCCCCGCCCCCGCCCCCGCCCGGACCACUCCCCGCAUUUGCUCCAGUCAUAAAUGCUGAGCCGCAGCAGCCUUUAGAACAGGAGUCCAAGACCUCAGGCCACCUGGACCAGGAGCCGAGCCUGCACUACGCUGAUCUGGACCACUCCGUCCUCGGGAGGCACCGCCGGAUGUCCACAGUGGUUCCUGGCGAUGCCUCCACUGUCUAUGCGGUUGUAGUUUGAAGGGAAGCUCUUGCUCUCCAAACCUUCCAAUCCCGGGCUUCCCUUCUCUCUAUCACCUCCUCAGCUGGAGGGGGGAGGCACCAUGGACAGAGGCACUAGUCUAGGCGUCUGGAUACCUGGGUUGUCUCUGCAACUCUUCGGCUUUUCUCAGCCACUCCCAUCUCUCCUGUAACAGCUUUCCUUCACCACUGAUGCCCUCUCUAAAGACGACCAAGCCGUCUGUCUUAAGUUUUAACUCCCAAAUAGAUAUCCCAUCUGUUCACUCUCCCUUUCCAAACAAGCAUUUUGAUCUUAAGGCAUACACCGGCAUUUUCCUGCCUCACACCCACUCCUAUGCUCAUUGGCUGUGGCUGCUCAUUUACCGUCUAAGGUUGCCAGUGAUGUCCUAGUCCACAAGAUAACAUUCACUGACUUGGCCCUAGAUCAGCCCUCUUUAAACCCUGAUUUACUUUGUUGUGAAAUCUCCCUUCUAGAUGCCCGGCCAUUCUGUUUGCCUCUUCCUCCUCCUUCCUCCUCUUCUAGGAAGCUAGCCAAUCCUCAGCCCCCUUCCCUCCAACCCAGAUCUCAGUCCUAGUACACCCUGUCCAGCUAGCCUCGGGCAUUUUACACAAGGCAUAUCGAAUCUGACUCAGUCAUUUCUUCCUGGGCCCUCCUCUGCAUUCUCAUGACCAACCCAAGUUGCCCAAGCCAGAAACUCGGAGUCAGAGCACACCAACUCCUCUCCCACACAGGGACUUAUAAAGCUCCCCACACAUCUUUCCUUUAGAGACAGGCUCUCCUGUAGCUGAGGCUGGCUUUGAACUCCUGAUCCCCUUGCCUCCACCUUCAGUGCUGGGGUUACAGCGAUUGCAGGCACGCACCACCACACAAGGUCUUGUCUUAGUGUCACUGUCAAAUCUGAACCUGUCUCCAGGUCUAUAGCUACCACCAGAAUGUACUUUCAUCCUUUGCUUCAGGGGUGACCCACACUCCCUUCUGACCCUCCUGCCCUCCUGAGCAUCCACCACUGGCCCUCUCCUGAGGCUUCGGCUUUGGGUACGGGUGCUGCAGCACUUUGCGUACUCUUAGGCUUCUCUGUCAUUUCCUGUGUAUACAUGCCCACCUUAGAUUCUCUACAGUUUUCUCCCUGCAAUAUUCAUUGGUCCGGUGAAAUACAUUCCAUCUUCUGGAUUCCUUUUCCCUCUUCCUUCCUUCCUGCCUGGAUUCCACUCAAAUGUAGCUUUUCCUGGGAUAUUGAUCCUUAUACCAAAUGCUUGCCCACUCCUGAACAAAAUUUGAUGCUCUAGAAACCCCCUGAUUUUUUCUCAUAGAAACAGACUCCUGAAAAUCAUCCCAUUCUAACCUGUCUGCCAAUUUACAAAGGACUGUCAGGAACUACAAGUUUCCCGACAUCAGGGGACUAACCCUUUUGACUCACUGUUAAGCCUCAAUAUGACACGAAUAAGUGUCUCGGAAAACAUUGUUCUUCUUUAUCAAAUAAAGGUGGACAGGUAAUCCA